CUCGGAGCUCUUCUGCGCGGAUCUCGUUGAAAGAGAUCACCACGAUGACAGGAAUGCACCGCAAGAGUCAAAGACCUCGCUGUUUCUGCCUUUGAUGUGUGGGCCACCAGCAACAGCAUACCCGAGUCAGCAGGGGCGCAGUCGAGCGUGUGCAGCUAUGAUGUGCUUGCUGCUGAUCACACCAAUGGUCGGCACGUGCGCCCUCGCCUCCCCGGCAGGCUUGUACGUUUCGUUCACCAUGCGCCAGGAAGGUCACGACCCGUACAGCGGGCGCAUGGUGACCGGUGACCGGGAGAGGGCGCGUCAUGGCCUCACUCACUCGGCGGAGAGGCAGAUCGGAGUCACUGGCGGGCCAUUCCUCUUCAUCGUCCGUGAGCAGAGAGGGAGAGGGGCUCACACGUCCAUUAGUGGGGAAGGGAGAUGUGUGUCAUUUGUCUGUGUGCUGUGUGCUCUGCAGGUGUGUGUGAGCCGACCCUCCCAGUGACCCACACCGGGGCCGAUGACCGCACGCUUCCCUUCCUUGCUGCACUGAUCGUGUUGGGGUGGUUGUGACUGUGGUGUGUCAAUAUGGUGUGGGCGUGGCAGCCACGUGUGUGUGUAGCGGGGCCAGUGCUGGCGGCUGCGAUUGUUCAGUGGCCCUUUGUGGGCUAUGCCGCGGGAAGCGGUGGUGCCUUUUGUAGUAAGCACAUUCAUACCGAACAGACAGACAGACAGACGUGCCAUCGAGUACGUCAGUUAGGCACACACAUCAGCCGUCAGUUGAGGCAGUGAGCGGCCGGCCCUCCUCUGUGCGCAUACCGUCACCCUCUGCUUCCCAUCUCUCGGCUCGCCUAUGUAGUUUGCCAGCUCUUGGCGACGUGUGGCCUGUGCGUGUGGAUCACAGCGUCGCGGAGAGGCGGGCAACUGCAUGGCCGAGCUCUAGAGGGGGGUCAGUACGGGGAUUGCUCGGACACACACUCGAUGCCAUCUGUAGCAUCUCCCUCCAUCAGCAGGCAGGCUGUCUUUGCCUCUCACUCUUUCUGUCCGGCUAUAUGAUUUUGUCUGUGUACUGGUCGAUGGGGCCUGCCGUGUGUGUGUGUGUGUGUUGGCCGAGGUGAAUGUCUGCAUGAGACCACCGAUGGCCCAUUUCUCCCCGACACCAGAGGGAGCACACAGAUGGCCCAUCGGUGGUUGUGGUGGCAGGCAAACACCUACGGCCAAACACAACACGGCAGCAUGAGAGAGGCUGGGUGAGCUGAGAGGGGCAUUGCUGUGCGGACAGGUAUGUGAUCAGUGCGUGACACGUGGGCUGCUGAUGGACAUUAAUGAUAUCACUGCAUUUGGUCUGUCAAUUGGCACAGCCAAUGUCUCACUGAGCAGUUCACGUGAAUGCAGCGAGGAUAUCCGUCACAAA